AUGGCCGAUUUUCAGGAGAAGAAGAGAAAGCGUCGUAAAGAGGUGAGAGUAGUUAGUAAUGAAGAAAACUUGGAGAAGAUAAUGCACAGAGAAGUUGAGAAACAAAGGAGACAAGAAAUGGCUUCUCUUUACGCGUCUCUUCGCUCUCUUCUCCCUCUUGAGUUCAUCCAGGGAAAGCGUUCUACCUCAGAUCAGUUGAACGAGGCGGUGAAUUACAUAAAUUAUCUUCAGAGGAACAUCAAGGACAUGAGUUCCAAGAGAGAUGAGCUCAUGUUAUUGUCUGGACAAAGCUUUGAGAGUAGAAAUAAACAAAGUAGGAAUGAUAAUUCGAAUCAUGUCGUGAUUCGUCCGUGUUUGGUCGGCGUAGAAAUCGUUUUCAGCGUUCUACAAACGCCGUUGUCAAGCGUGCUGCAUGUGCUUUCUGAACAUGGUCUCUAUGUUCUUAGCUGCUUCUCCUCCAAUGUGAAUGGCAGACUCAUUCACACUUUACAGGCUGAGGUCGACGAUCUGGCUUUAGUGGACUUUGCAGACCUUAAUGUAUACUUACUACGCUUACCCUAAUGAAGUAAACUUCCCUUAGCGAAUUGUUUUAACUUGUCAAACCCAAAACGCUGUAUAUAGCUAGUUUCUUUGUACUUGUACUGUGUAUUUGUAUGUAUCUGUGUGUUUACAGAUUUUGAAAUAGGGAAAUAAAUGUAAUUCCCUAUUUAAAAAGAUUUACGAACACAAAGAUAUCUUGUUGAAAAAUAAGAAAUAUCGGGAUCACA